AUGAACGAAAAUCUAUUCACCUCUUUCACUACCCCAACAAUAAUAGGACUGCCUAUUGUCGUAUUAAUUAUUAUGUUCCCCAGCAUUCUAUUCCCUUCACCUAAUCGACUAAUUAAUAACCGCCUAGUCUCACUCCAGCAGUGAUUAGUACAACUAACGUCAAAACAAAUAUUAGCCAUUCACAAUCGCAAAGGACAAACUUGGGCCCUAAUACUCAUGUCCCUCAUUCUAUUUAUUGGAUCAACAAACCUGUUAGGCCUACUGCCCCACUCAUUUACCCCAACUACCCAACUAUCAAUAAACUUAGGAAUAGCUAUUCCCCUAUGAGCCGGUGCCGUAAUCACCGGAUUUCGCCACAAAACUAAAGCAUCCCUAGCCCACUUUCUACCACAAGGAACACCAAUCCCCCUGAUCCCCAUACUUGUAAUUAUUGAAACUAUUAGCCUUUUUAUCCAGCCCGUGGCUCUGGCCGUACGACUAACAGCUAACAUUACUGCAGGCCACUUAUUAAUACACUUAAUUGGAGGGGCUGCUCUGGCUCUAGCAAAUAUUAAUGCCUCUAUUGCUCUAAUUACCUUUAUUAUUCUCAUCCUACUAACAAUCCUUGAGUUCGCUGUAGCCCUAAUCCAAGCCUACGUCUUUACCCUACUUGUAAGUCUAUAUCUACAUGACAAUACCUAA